CUCCUUAACAGCUGGUGCUUCUAGUCAUAAGAAAAUAUCAAAAUCAUCGAAUCGUAUGCUGAGGGCUUACUAUUCAGAUAAUAAAAUUCUUUUUGGCGUUUGUGCAUUCAAUGAAUUGUUUUUUGUUGCAUUAUACCUUUUAUCAUUUGAAGAGGAUCCUACUUUCCCAGAAUGGAGCGUCUUUCCUCUUUAUGUUCUUGCAAUAAGCUCAUUUCCUAUUUGUGCCAUCAAACAGAUAAAUGACUCGGUAUCUGAAAUACCUGAAAUACCUGAAGUUUCUUUCGAAGUAAUUCAUGGGCCGGUUGUUAUGCCAGAAUUAAAAAACGACACCAUAAAAGCUGAGCUCGGACGUGGAACUUGGAAGUUUCUUCAUACUAUGAUGGCACGAUUCCCGGAGAAUCCGACCACAAGCGAAAAAGAAGCGUUGCGCAAUUUCAUUUAUUUGUUCAGUAGGCUAUAUCCUUGCGGUGAAUGUGCAACGGAAUUUCAAACACUUUUGGAAAAAUAUCCACCUCAAGUUUCCUCUAGAGAAGCCGCAUCUCAAUGGGCUUGCGCUAUUCAUAAUAUUGUCAAUGUACGUUUAGAGAAAGAAAUAUUCGAUUGUAGCCUAAUCGCUGAUAAAUAUAAGUGCGGGUGCGAUGAUGAAAACAAUAAUGAAAUAGAUGAUUUUACUAUUGAUUCUACUGUGAAUCCUACUACUAUUCCUACAGACGUUUAA